UCCUUGUGCUAGGGUUAGGUUUUGUUCAAUCCACCUGUCUCGCGAACCAUGGAAUUUUAGCUGCCUGAUUACCUCACUUCAUUUAAUUCCCUUCUCUCCUAAACAAGAUAAGUCAAUCAAAGAAGCAAGGUUAUAGGUAGAAGAAGAGGAAGGGGAAAUUUUCUUUGGCUGGGGCUGCCAUGGCAAGUAGUGGGAAGGACGCAUCUACUAGCCCCGGCGAAGAAGGAGGAGGAGGAAAUGGAGGGAGCUCAAGCAAUAGCACCGUCGAGGAGAGUGAUCGGGACCAGAGGAUGAGAGGAGUGCGCCAAUACGUCAGAUCAAAGAACCCGAGGAUUCGGUGGACGCCGGAAUUGCACCUUUGCUUCGUUCGCGCAGUCAAGAGGCUUGGUGGCAAAGCCAAAGCAACACCAAAGCUGGUACUUCAGCUGAUGAAUGUGAAGGGACUCAGCAUAGCUCAUAUCAAGAGUCACCUCCAGAUGUAUAGAAGUAAGAAGAUGGAUGAUUCUGGUCACGUCAUGGAGCAUCCACAAAUAAUGGUGGAAAGCAGUGAGCAACAUGUGUACAGUCUCAACAAGUUUCCAACAUUAUUGGACACUUGUAAUAACACUAAUUGGAGAUCAGAUGAGUUUCCUUGGAGCAACCACAGAUCACAUUGGGUAUUCCAAAACCAAAUCCUCAGAAAGGCCAUGAGUGAUGCUGCUACUGCAACAGCUGCUAAUGGAUUAAUAAGAUAUUAUGAUUUGGCAAAUGGCAUGGUACCUUCAAAUCCAAGCUCCAAAACAGACAGAGAAACUCUCAGUCAAAAUGUUCAAGAAGGAAGCCAAGAGCCCGAUCUCACUCUAUCUCUGAGUAUUGGAUUAUCAAGGAAGGAUAAAAGACCCAAAACCUUGGGAGAUGAGACAGCAACAGAUAGGAAGUCUUCACUCUCUUUGUUUAGUUCUUCUUCAUGACUGGAAACAUGAUGCAUGCCAAGGAGCAGCAGGGUAGAAGAAAAAGAUCAAUUAAUUAAUCAGAGCUUGAUGAUCAAGUACUGUGGAUCUGACUGCAUGAUCCUAAUGUAGUGAGAUGUUUGGUACUUGAACUUGUUUAAUUAUUUUCUCUCUUAAUUUCCAUUUAUAUAUUGUAUGACAGGAUUAUUAUGCAUAGAUUUAAUCACCUGUAUGUACAGUAGAAAUAUUAAUUAAAUGGCAUGCAUUUGU